GGAAAGGCGGCUGUAGGGCAGCAGUCCAGAACAGGCUCAAGGAAUGCGAGUGUGCCUGUUACCAUGAUGAAGAGAAAGGCUGCACACAAGAAUCACAGGAGCAGACCACCUUCCCAACCUCGGAGGAGCAUCGUGGGCUGCAGAAUUCAGCACGGAUGGAAAGAUGGAGAUGAACCACUAACACAGUGGAAGAGAACUGUUCUGGAUCAGGUACCUGCAAACCCCUCUCUGUAUCUUAUCAAAUAUGAUGGAUUUGACUGUGUUUAUGGAUUAGAACUGCACAGAGAGAGAGUGUCAUCACUUGAAGUCUUUCCUAAUAGGGUUUCAUCAUCUAGAAUCCGUGGUACAUACUUAACAGACAUUAUUAUUAGCAAAGCAGUGGAACAUAUUUUUUAGACAGAGGAAGGCUCCAAAAAUGAAUGGAGUGGGAUGGUCUUAGCUCAGGCAUCUGUCAUGAAAACAUGGUUUUACAUUACCUAUGAGAAGGAUCCCAUAUUAUAUAUGUACCAGCUAUUAGAUGAUUAUAAAGAUGGUGACCUACGUAUCCUUCCUGAUUCCAAUGAUUCCUCUCCUGCAGAGAGGGAGCCAGAAGUCAUAGACAGCAUAGUUGGCAAACAGGUGGAAUAUGCCAAAGACAAUGGCUCCAAGAGAACUGGAAUGGUCAUUCAUCAGGUAGAAGCAAAACCUUCUGUGUAUUUCAUCCAAUUUGGUGAUGAUUUCCAUAUCUAUAUCUAUGAUUUGGUACAAACCUAA